GCCUGGCCUUCGAGGGAGGAGGAGGCGCCGCUGUGUCGCGGAGGUCGGGAGCGGAGCUUUCUCUGUGGUGAAAUCCCUACAGUCUGCUGUUGUCCAGAUGGGCUGGGUCUACCCAACAGCCAAGCUGGCUGGGAAAGUCUGUGGCAGCUGGAGAACACCAGGAUGGGGAGGGUUGGUCUGCACUGCCUUCCAGCUGAUGUCAUCUCUGGUAACUGAGAGGAAGGUCCCUAGGAUCCCAUGCAAGUCUGGCUUCUGUUUACUGUGCUGCUAUCAUGUGGGCGGCGUGUUGCAACUGGUUUUGCCUGAAUGGACAGCCUGAGGAUAUGCAACAUUGCCCGCAGCCAGGAACUCGAGCAUACUCCAAUGCUGGCUACAGCUCCUUCCCGUCUCCUACCGCUUCCGAGCAGAGUUGCAAAGCCUGUGGGGUGCAUUUCAGCAGCUCCUUCCUUAAGCAUGUCUGCUUGGACUGCAAAAAGAACUUCUGCCCUUCCUGUUCACACCAGCCUGAGAGUGGCCCCUGCCUCUGCCACCUCUGCGAGCGAUUCCGAGCUACAGCCUUUCAACGGGAAGAACUCAUCAAAAUGAAAGUGAAGGACUUGCGAGAUUAUCUGGAACUCCGGGAGAUCUCCACGGAGAUGUGCCGUGAGAAAGAUGAGCUGGUGUGCUUGAUCAUCGGUCAGCAGCCCUUGAAUCCCCAAAGAGUACCCCCAGUUCCUCACCCAGUGUCAGUUUCUGUUACCCAGGAGGAGUGUACAACUAUGCCAGCCUCACUGGAUUAUUCUCCAGAGCAAAUUUCCAGAAACUCUGCCUUGCAGACUGAGGAGCAUCCACAGGCAAAUGGGCAUGUGCUGCCGAGCCAGGACGAUAUGGCAGAAGUUGAGAAUGCAGUGGAAACACUGACUGAGGAGGAGACACAGUCCACGGAUUCAGAAGAUAACCUCGUUGCGGGACGGAGGGCAUCCCUUUCUGACCUAACAAGCGUGAGAGAUAUUGAUGCCCUCUCAGUGAGGCAGUUGAAGGAGAUCCUGGCUCGCAACUUUGUUAACUACAAGGGCUGUUGUGAGAAAUGGGAGCUGAUGGAGAGGGUGACCCGCCUUUACAAAGAGAAGGACCUCCAGCAGCUGGUUUCAGAUACAGAUGAUCAAACUGCUCCAUCUGGUAAUGCCACACUCCCUGGCUCUGAAGAAAAUCUCUGCAAGAUCUGUAUGGACUCCAUCAUUGACUGUGUCCUAUUGGAGUGUGGCCACAUGGUGACUUGCACAAAGUGUGGGAAACGCAUGAAUGAGUGUCCCAUUUGCCGGCAAUAUGUGAUAAGAGCCGUCCACGUUUUCAGGACUUAAGGGCACAGGAAGCAGGACUAAUAUUGUCUUAGAUUCUUCCACUGUGACAGAAAGCGCCAGUCCCAGCUACCCAGUCCCCAUUCUUAAGAAGCCCACAGAUGAUAGGUGAGAUGAAGGAUGGAGGGCUGCGAAGACUUGAGCUGUGAUUGGCUGCAUACCCCGUCUAAUACUGUGCAUUAUACCACAGUGCCUGGAGAGCUGGACGUCCUCAGUAGAUCUAGAAAGCAACAUGCCUUUCCUUUCUUUGUCUGCUUUUGACAGGGCAUAAAGAAACUCUUGAUGUUUCCAAGACAUUGAGGCUCUUCCCCUCUGGAGUGAAUAAACAAGGUGAUCUAAAGAGGAAGAGAGAUUUGCUCCUCUCAAUUCUCCUUUCUCUUUGUCUAAAACCUUGAAGGGGAGGGUAUGUAUUCCUUUUUUAGGAUAUGUAAUUUUUUAAACUUUGGUUUAUUAGGUAGCCUUGCAGGUCAGGCUGAAAGUUGCCUCUUCCAUUGCCUUGGAUUCUUAUACAGAGUAAAUCUGUAUCCUACCACAGUGGCCAUGGUGACAUAUCUAUGUAUGAAUGGGGCUGUGGGUGAGGACAGGACUUACAAAGAUGGAGAUUAAAUUUUGCUAGGUUUGUAGUGAAUGGGUAUCUCAGGGAUACUUUUUUUUUUAUAAUUCUGUCACGAUCAAAAUGUGGUGGCCUUUAAGGAGAUUAAGUUGCAUUAUAAUUGAUUUGUCUUGUGUUAUCAUUGGGGAAAACCCCUAUAUUUGUAUUGGAUCUUGCUCAUGGAAUUUGCAUUGGGGACAAUAAGGAAGAACCAGUCCCAUUUUUAAAGGCCAUUGUCUGAUCAUAAACUACAUUAGGGCCUAUCCUUGGCAAAGGAUCCUCUUCAUUUCAUUCUUUUGUUCUAUGUUGGUAUUCAUUACCUUUCUGAUAUGGUAUCUCAUACUGAGAUGAACAGA